AUCCGAUCCGCGUCCCGGUUUACCCAUUUCUCCCCCAUUCAACUUCCCUUAUUCUAGGCGGCCUCAACAAGUUUGACUUACGCAGAUUAUAUAUAUAAGCGUCAUUGGGGCUGUCAACCUUCCACAGCAUGGCUUUUGCCACGAUCAACUCAUCGGUGCCGUCCAGUAUCCCGGCCAUUGAGGACGCCUUUGCCGCCCAACCAGCGCUCAAAAAACGGGUUUACGAUGCGAUCGCACAUACCCCGCAACAUGGACUUCUCUUCGAAGAUAUCGCGAAAUACACUUCCAGCCUGCUGGCCAGGACUGCAACCGCCCCCGUUCGGCCUGUCGAGGUCGUCACCGACGGCCCGGCCAUGAAGAAACGAAAACUACAGAAUGGCAAUGCUACAAGUGCCCAAUCCUCCGGUGACCUGAAAGCCGAUACUUCGCUCCAAUUCUACAUGCAGGAUGUUUCCUUUGCUGUUCCCCAGCGGAAGAAGCUUACACUCGAAAUCACCGCGGGAUUCCUGCGUGCGAGAAACCAGACAUCGAAGGAGGUCGAGUUUGGAGUGCAUUUGGAUACCAUACAGCACGUCUUGUGCCUCCCCGUUCCCGAGAAGAACCAGCGACAAUUUAAUUUCUGCAUUAUCCCCCAAUAUGCGGACGGCGUCAACUCACCACCUGAAGGUGUAGCUGCUCCCGAUGCCAUCGUAUGGACGGUCAACGACGGACCGCCCAAGGCAGCGUUCUCAGGAAAUGGACAACAGCUUGGAACGGAUAACGAAGAAACGGCUGAUAAACUCGUCCAGCGGAUACUGAACGACAGCCUCCCACGGACCAAGGUUGUGCGCCCAGAUGAGCGAGAGUUCGUGAGUGCUAUGCCUGAGGCUCACCGCAAGGGGGAGAAGGCCUAUCAUGUCAAGGCCUUCCGCGGCAGUAAAGAAGGCUAUCUCUUCCUUCUUUCUACGGGAAUACUAUUCGGGUUCAAGAAACCACUGGUCUUCUUUGCCUUUGAAAACGUCGACUCAAUCUCCUACACCUCUGUCCUGCAACGGACCUUUAAUCUCAAUGUUGUAGCUCGGCCUACGUCAAGCGAAGAGACGCAGGAAUUCGAGUUUUCCAUGAUCGACCAGGCCGACUUCUCCGGAAUUGAUGGUUAUAUCAAAAAGCAUGGUCUGCAGGAUGCCAGUCUUGCCGAAGCACGACGUGCGAAGCGAUACAAUGUCAACAGUGUCAAGGGAGACGAUGAAGCUGCUGCCAACGAGGAAGGGGCUGUCGAGGAGGAAAGUGAACUACAGAAAGCCCAACGCGAGUUGGAAGAUCAAGAGGACGAGGACGAGGAAGAUUACGAUCCCGGGAGUGACAGUGAGAGCGACGGAAGCGGCUCUAGUAGUGAGGACGACGACGACGACGACGACGAUGAUGAAGAGGAUGAAGGCGACAUGGAUGAGGACGGCGAAGAAGACCGAAAUUUGGUGGCGGAGGAGCUCGGAAGUGAAGCAGAAGACGUUCCGGCGGAGGAACUGUGAGAGACCGCCUAUAUAUCCAACCUGCUGCUGUAUGAAUAAGUGACUGUUUCUAUGGUCACACCAACACACCCUGUGUGCGAUGUGAUGAAGUGUAUUCGACAAUCGCGUGGCUAAACCACUCUACUGGAUGGGCGGCCCGUUACACUACACCAGGCCACUCGAACGUAUGAAUUUUUGGGGGCCGAUUUAGGCCGGACUAUGCCCCUGCAUUAUCUGGCAUACGCGCCUGUAUGCCGUAGAGUUUUGCCAACGAGGCAUUCCACGUCUGAUGUAGUUGGGGAGGGAGAAACCGUUUCAAGGCUGCAUUGAAUGCGUUUCAAACGGGCAGUCAUCACUUCAAGGCCAGUCGAUCAGAACAAACCAAGCACAGGCAUCCAGUGGGAUGUGGGUCAUGGACGUGUCAGAUGCGUCUAAAAUGGAGGAGCCACUGGUGGAUGUGCUACGGAGUUGCAGGAUGCCCGGCUGUGCGGCGCAGUACUCA